GAAAGGAAGAACCCAAGGGACAAGCUGGCCUGGGAUGAAUGGGGGCAACUGGUGGUGUGUUCUGCUUUCACUUAUAUUUUAAAAGUAUGUUAUUUUAAAAAUUUACUGAUUUCUUUUAAAUUCCAUACCUGAGGUUAGAGCUGGAGUAUGUAAUUCAAUCUUCUCAAUUUUAGAAAUGAGGUAAAGAGGAGAUGAGGCUAAAUCACAUUUAUUUAAGAAAUUACAUGGCACUUUCACAAUCCUACAUUGCUCCCUACUGCAAAAGUCUAUCUUUUUAAAGACCAAUAUUUACCCAGUAACUCUCUAUAGUCUAGAAUAAUACAACACAAAUUUACAGAAAAGUUAAAAAAAGACAGGUGAUCUAGAAGGCAAUGUAAAGAUUCAUGGUGGAUAUAAGCAGGCUGUAAUAGAUGGCAUGCAUGAGAAGUGACAUAAAAAACAUUAUCAAGAAGCAACAUAGAGACCUAGCAGCAGAGACUGAGCUGCACGGCCAAGAUGUAUGACUUCAUGGAGGAUCAAACUGCUGAAUUCAAGGAGGCCUUCCAGCUGUUUGACCGCGUAGGGGAUGGAAAGAUCUCAUAUAGCCAGUGUGGGGAUGUGAUGAGGGCCCUGGGCCAGAACUCUACCAAUGCUGAGGUGCUCAAGAUCUUAGGGAAUCCCAAGAGUGAUGAGAUGAAUGUGAAGGUGCUGGACUUUGAGCACUUUCUGCCAAUGCUGCAGAUCAUAGCAAAGAAUAAGGACCAGGGCACAUAUGAAGACUACCUAGAGGGGGUUCAGGUAUCUAAUAAGGAACAGAACAGCACAGUCAUGGGGGCCGAAAUAUGGCAUGUCCUCAUCACUCUGGGUGAGAAGAUGACUGAGGAAGAAGUGGAAGUGUUGGUGGCAGGGCAUGAGGACAGCAAUGAUUGUAUCAACUAUGAAGAGCUAGUCUGGAUGGUGUUGAAUGGCUGAGAACAAAAGUCCCCUUUCCACAAAGAAUCCCCUAACUUUCUCAAUGUGAAAAUGAUCCUCUUGCCCCUGAAGCAACUAACUACAUUGUCAGGGUUACCAACAUCCUUCCAACCCCCACAUGUUCUCUUUGGCCUACCUACUCUCUGCUUUCACCAAAUAAACUUGCUCCUAAAAAAAAGAAGCAACAUAGAACAUGGAAAGACAUGUAUGAAAUAAUGAAGAGUGAAAUAAACAUAAUCAGGAGAAUGUAUAUCGUAAUAGUAAUACUGUUUGUAGAACAACAUGAAUGACUAAGUUAUUAUUUUUUUUAUAUUUACUUUUUUUAAAAUUUUUUUAUUUUAGUGAG